GGGCGGUACUUACGCAUGAGUUGGGAAAGCUAAGCAAAGCUGAGAACAACACUGCUGACAUGAUUGCCCGUCAAGGUGCAUGUAUGGUUUUCUAAACCUUUCGGAUUCCCCGAGUUUAGCCAACAUGGACACUUUCAGGAUGACUAAGGAAGGCCCGAGUCGUUGUUGAGUUUUGCGCUAGCCGUGUGACGUUAGCUCGUGCGGCUAGUAACUCCUGCUGCGGCUGGCGGCUUCAGACAACUUGUCAAGAGCCGAGGCGAUCGACAGAUAUCCCAGGCACAAUUCGGAACUGUUUUCGACACGCUCCUGCUGUACAUAUCUGCCGCAAGUUGUCGCUGCGCCGACGGCCAUCGAAACAGCAGCACUUUAGAGAGAGUGGGCCAUCAUGGCAACGUGACAGGAGGGAAGCCCGCUGAGUGAGCUUCGAAAGGAGUCAUGGAGGGCUUACAGCAACCUUCUCCCAAGAAGCACAACAGGGUCAAUGGCUACUGCCAGCCAAGUUCACCCGAGGAUGCGGCUGCUGUUAAGUGGCCUCGAGGGGAAUCCCAGGGCUCAGACAGCUGCGAGGGUGCGACUGCAUCGGAACAUGCGGACCUGGAUGAGCCCAAAGGUCCCGAAAGACACGUCGAGAUCAAAGAGGAGCUGGAGGACGCGUCUGCUCGGCGAGGCAAGCAGGAGAAAGGAGGGAAUGCAGAUGAAGAAAACAAUCACAGCAGUGCAGCGUCAAGCUACACCGCAGACCUUUCCCACACGCCGUCGGCAUCACUGUCCGAGCAGCUGCGUUUGGGCCGUGAGGACACGACAGCCUCUGGAAUCAGUGUGGAGUGUAAGGUCUGUGGGGACAAGGCGUCAGGCUUUCACUAUGGUGUACAUGCCUGUGAGGGUUGUAAGGGCUUUUUCAGACGAACUGUGCGCAUGAAAUUGGAAUAUGAGCGCUGCGAGCGUUCCUGCAAAAUUCAGAAGAAGAAUCGCAACAAGUGCCAAUAUUGUCGUUUCCAGAAGUGCCUUUCUUUGGGAAUGUCUCAUGAUGCAAUCAGAUAUGGCCGCAUGCCUGAGGCAGAGAGGAAGAAAUUGGUGGCAGGCCUGCUUGCAGACGAGUUAAACGUCUGCAAACCAGGAGGCUCAGACUUGAAGACACUGGCCAAGCAAGUCAACACAGCCUACUUGAAGAAUCUCAGUCUGACCAAGAAGAGGGCCCGCAGUAUCCUGAUGGGAAAGACCAGCAGCACCUCACCAUUUGUGAUCUAUGACGUGGACACGCUUUGGAAGGCUGAAAGUGGUUUAGUGUGGAGCCAGUUGCUUCCAGGCGCUCCCCUGACCAAGGAGAUCGGGGUGCACGUGUUCUACCGCUGCCAGUGCACCACGGUAGAGACGGUGCGCGAGCUCACCGAGUUUGCCAAGAGCAUUCCGGGGUUUGUCGACCUCUUCCUGAACGACCAGGUGACGUUGCUGAAGUAUGGUGUGCAUGAAGCAAUUUUUGCAAUGUUGCCAUCUCUCAUGAACAAAGAUGGACUUCUGGUGGCCAACGGUAAAGGCUUUGUGACCAGGGAGUUCUUGCGCAGCCUAAGGAAACCUUUCAGUGAGAUCAUGGAACCCAAGUUUGAGUUUGCUGUCAAGUUCAAUGCCCUGGAGCUGGACGACAGUGACCUGGCCCUCUUUGUAGCUGCCAUCAUCCUCUGUGGAGAUCGCCCAGGCUUGAUGAAUGUGAAGCAGGUGGAGCAGAGCCAGGACAACAUCCUGCAGGCCCUAGACCUCCAUCUGCAGGCGAACCACUCUGACUCAGUCUACCUCUUCCCCAAGCUGCUGCAGAAAAUGGCCGACCUCCGCCAGCUGGUCACAGAGAACGCUCAGCUUGUGCAGAAAAUCAAAAAAACAGAGUCUGAGACAUCAUUGCACCCUCUUUUGCAGGAGAUCUACAAGGACAUGUAUUAAACUACUCUGAGCAAUACUGUUACAGACUGAAUACACACUUAUUAGAACAAUACACUGUGUUCAGUUAAACACUGUUCCAAGUGAGGUGUCAUACCUACGCAUCAGCACACAAAUUACGUGUGCAUCUGGAAUAAGGUCCACCCUCAUUUCCGCAAAGGUCACAUCACAAAAGAACACGUGUUUUUCUUACUGAAGCUGCUCCCUGCUUUCCUGGGGAAACAGUUCAUGUUACAUAUGUACAGACUUGCGCGGUGCUGCGGAGAGCAACCAGCAGUGUGGACACGGUGCGUUUUAAAGAUACCGGAGUGAUUAGACAAAGCUAACACACAGGUUGGUUUUUGUUUACAUUCUUAUCUUCAUGUAGUGACCUCCAACUUUACCGAUUGGCCGUGUGGACCUCACUUGGCGCAGGUGCCUGUGCAAUAGCGUAUUCAUUAGUAAAUGUGGACAGCCAAGCCAUCUAGCCAUAUGCAAUACACAUACGCAUAUGACCUGCACAAGUACAAGCAACGCAUCCUGUUUUUAGUUUCUCACAUGAUUUUUGUCCUUGUAAUUAUGUCUAAUUUUAAUUUGUAUUAUAUUUGUGAAACAUGAACGUCAUCACAUCAUUGUAUGUAUUUGACAAUAUUUGUUUCUUACCUGCUUGGUUUGCAAAAUAUACUAUCAACUUUAUACACCUUUUCAUUUCAUGCAGUGACAUGCGUGUUUUAAAAACAGUACAGUAGGCCUAUUUCACUCACUUUCCUCAUGUACAAUUAGAUUUUUUUAACCAUUUUCUUAUUUCUUUCUCAUUUUUCUUAAUUUCUUUUAGUCAGGCUUCAUCUGCUCUACCUCUAUUGUAUGACAAUAUUCCCCUGUCUCGACAAAGCACAUGCUAUUCUUUGCUUUUUUUUUUUUUUUGAAUGGGUGCAACCUAUUUCAGUCGUGGUCAAGCAAGUGAACAAGAUGAUUGAAAUGUCAAAAAAACAAAAUGCACCGUACGUUAUUGUGAGCUACCUCUGCCUGUCUAAAAAGUGCCAAAUAUGUUCAACCAAUGACUUGAAAUGAUCGUAAUAUGUUACCGAGGAAAGUUACAGCUCUUUCAUAAACUAUUAGAACUGUU